GGGUCUGCCCUGCAUCAGUCUCUACUGCGUCCCUUCGAAAGGGGACGCUCCUCCUCGUCUUUGACAAGCGCGCGGUUAAAAUACCCAAUGGGGGGUUGACAGUUAUCAAGGAAACUGAUAGUAAUAUAAUAAAUAAAUAAAUUAUAACUAACACGGACACACGAGUACGGAUUUUUUCUAAACGACCAUUUUAAUCAACAUAUAAUUCGUACGAUAUUGGUUACAAUUUUUUAAAAAGUAUACUUAGAAACCGCGAUCCGAGACAGAAUAAUACCAAGAUAUAUGUAUACACGUGUAUGUAUUGCUCUUCGUCGCAAGAUCGUCCAUCGGUUUUCCUAGGACACGAAACUGUAGAAAAGACCGUUUGUUCCGUUGUAUAUUUUCAACUUUUUUUUAACGUAAUUAUUUUAUUUGGACAAUUGAUUGUAUUAAGUAAUAUUGUGCCAUAAUUCGCGUGUGUGUUGUCACUGUGGAUUGAUGAAAGUUCUCUUUUUUCAUUCCCCCGCCACUUGACCGUUUUUUUUUUCCUUUUUUUUACGGUAAUGUAAAAAUUGAAUCAGAAAAAAAACUGUAGAAGAUCUGAGACAUCGAAACGAAAACUUUGAGGAAGAAAACGUCGAGGGUCGAUUGAUUCAGUGUGCUGUUUUUUUUUCUAUUAUUGUUGUUGUUAUUUAUUUGACAAUAAGUGACGUUUGAAAACGUUGGUUCUUCUUGUUGUCUCGUUUUUGUUUUAGCUCAAAUUACGGUUAGUUUUCCUUUCUUCUUUCUUCUCGUUACACACAGCGCGAACGACGAGAAGUCGUACGUUGAUUAUUAUUUACCAAGAUUUUAAAACCAAUUUGGAAAAUAUUAUAUGUAAACGAACACUGUAUCUAGUUUAUUAGUUUUAUUUAACUACUGUUCGUGAAACGGGAUACGACAACGACUACGAGGACGUGAAAAUAAAAAUUUUGUUGUAUCGAGUGCUCUGCGGACGCCACAAAGCAGCGGCUCUAGUCCUAAAUAUCGAUCUGCUGGCGUGUGCGACCUACUCUAUAGUACGUUCGCCUCGAAACAUAUUGUGGAAUGACAGUUGACAACAGUCCAGCUGUCGCUAUCAUCGUACAAUUGACAUCUGUCAAUAAUCAUUUGUUGACUCUUACGUUGAGGUUGACGACGAGGACGACAACGACAACAACAACAAAGCCAACACCAACGAGUCGAAUAACCGAUUCUCACCGUCGAAUUCAACGACAACGAGCGAGAACGUGCAUUUUUUGCUCCGCCGAUAAUCGAGGAUACCUGUAAAAUUACCAACGCUUUCGCCGUAACGUUGUUAACGGUCGAAUUUUUUUGAAGACAUUCCGUUCGUUUUCCAUUUAGUUCUUUUUUUUGUUUUUACAAGAAGAACGUACGUCGAGAGUAAAAAAAAAAGGUUAAAAAAAAGGAAGUACAAUACGAAUAGAAAAAAUGUGGGCGAUAGUAAAAAUCGGCAGGACUUCGCUCAGAGUUUCUUCGCGUUCGAUAAAAUCAAGUCAAAGCUUGAUCGGAACUUAAAGAAGGAAAAGAUUGAAGAAACAGCGCAACACAAGUCAACUAUUAUUGUGCUAUUGUAGUACUACCGGCGAAGAAGACAAAUGAAUGAAAAAUUCCAAUAAAGUGUAACUCUAAAUUUGAGGAUAAAAAGAAGAAAUCGAAAAAUAUAAAUACGGAGGCGCAAGAAUAAUGAUUCCCCGUCAAAACUUGGUGAUAAAAAAAAAUUAAUUUGAAGAAUAUUACAACGAUGAGAAAAUCCGCCUGAGAGGAAAACAAUAAGGAAGACAAUUCAUUAUAGAAAUUCAUCGUUUUUUAUACACGUACCGUAACACGCUCCUAUUAAGAAUCAGUAAGAAGUAAGGAAGAAGCUCGUAAGCUUUUGAGACAAUAAAGGUGUUUCUAGACGGCUAAUAUCUACCGUUAAUUACCAACGUCAUGGUUUCGCGAUACGGUGUUACGAAGGAGGGUGCAGUCGGUGUUACGGUCGGCGUCGGGACGAUGCACUGUUUGCUACCCCAUUGCGGUGGCCCCCACCACAUGUCACCACACGGGCAUAACCCGAGCCACAAUCACAUUCACCACCAUAACCAUCACAAUCAUCACAACCACCACCCGCCGGCAUCGCCGAGUCCUCACGGUCAUCUAAGUCAGAUGAAUCACGCCCAACAUCAGUUGACAAUUAAUAUUAACCACAAUCAUCAGCUGCAGUCCCAGCAGACUCAGCAUCAGCAACAACAACAACAACAACAACAACAACAACAACAACAACAACAACAACAACAACAACAACAACAACCUCAGUACAGGAUCAUCACGGCCAGUGCCAGAUCAGACGUUAACUUUCAUGUACCUGGGCAGAACUACGGAGGUCAACCUGGCGGCCAGGUCGGUGGGGGUGGAGGUAGCGUAGGAGUACCCGGGGGUAGAGGGCCCCCGCCGAUAGCGGGAAUACAAAGUAUUGGUCAAUCUGCUCCCGGUAUACCGCAGGGGAAUCAAUCAGGGACGCAACAACCUCCGCCUCAAUCGCAGACACCUGGGGUACAGUCGCAGCAGUCUCAGGGACCACCUCAGACUACUACGCCUCCUGGUCAUACUCAAUCGCCUCAGGAAAUGGGGAAACAACCUCAUCUGCAGGCUCAAUCAUUAUCCCUGCAACCCAACAUGUACCCUACCAGUCAACCAAGACCAGCGUCGCAGGUUUAUUAUCCAUCUGCAAUGAGGCCGCAGACGGCAAGGGGUAAUCACAGGGGGGGUCAGGGGGGUGGUGGUGCUCAAGUUGUGAGCAUACCAUCAGUGGGCGGGGGUGGAGGCCAGCAAACGGCCAUGUUUCCGCACCCUGCCAGUUUGCCGAUGGCACCCGGCACCUUGUAUAUGUCGAGCCAAGUGCCUUUGCAUCCUUCGCACAGUGGCACGCACCAACCACCUGUUUAUCCGAUGAACACUCAGAUGCAGCCCAUUCAGGUAGUAUUUCCUGGGCCACCACAGAGACCUCAGGGCCACCAAAGUCAACAGUUUUUCCCGACUUAUCAACCCACCAUCAUACAGUCGAACCUCUAUGGAUUUAGUUCGGCAACUCCACACCAUACAUAUUACUACCAACAACAAGGGCCUCAGGUGAAUUUGAGCAGACCAACGGCAGGGUCGAUAAGCGGAGGAGCUCCACACGUUGGAAGUCCUCUACCUGGCGGCCAAGGAGCUAGCAUUGUUCAACAGGGUAGCAUUCAGCAACCUUCUCAGCAACCUCAGCAAAUGCCAGCGAUGGCCCUACCAUUAGUUCAAACAGAUGUGUACCAAGGCGACAAUGGCGGUAUACAAAAUCCUGGGAUAAGUGCUGCAAACCGAAAAAAACCGAGAAGAACGAAAGCUAUUACGGAUAUCGUAGAUCCAAAAACAGGAAAAAAUAUAAGUGAACAAAUUUACGAUGACGAUGUUGCGACUCAAAGUGGAGAUUCCAGUAAUCGAACGACUCCUCAACCACAAACGUGUGGUAUGGAGUUGAUUGCUGACUUUGCGGCCCGUGUUGCAAAAGCCGCGAAUGAUGAAUCAGAUUCCAGCUCACCAGCCCCAUCUAGCGCGUCGGAAACCGCAACCUCGCAAAAUACUUCCCCAACAUUAACUAACCUCAUACAACCAAAUCCAGAGAUCGAUAAUAAUAGUCGAUGUAAUACUGGUCCCCCAAAUCCAACGCAAAGUAUACCCAACGUCCCAAACCCUAGUAGUCAAUCGUUAGUUUCUUCUAAUACCACGGUUCAGGUAGAUCUGUGUCCGGUCAAACCAAAGGAACAUAAACCGUUGCAACUACCUGUCAGAGAGUUUCAGCCGAGACACGAAAUAAAAAUCCUGCCCGACGAACCUAAAACUAUCCCAGUUGUGAUCAACCAAGAAAUUAUUUCUUCACAGUUACCCAUACCAGUUCCAAUUCCCGAACCAGAGCAACCUGCCGCCUUUGUUCCACCCCUGAGUAUCCCUGAAGCUUCAAAUAUCUCUGUGACGGUCCAGAGCUCAAGUGUAACAACUAAUGAAGCAGUCAAUAACAUUGGAACUGCACCAAAUUCCAAUUGUGUAUCUUCAAAGGAAGAAUUCCCAACACUAGAUCCCAAGAUUUCUACAAACUCUCUGUCGCGUCGCAAAUCCCACAAUCAAGGACAGAGUCAAACCGUCGCUCAUCCUAUUCCCGAAGCUUCUCCUCCAGUGCCAAAGGAACAGAAGGACCGGAAAUCGAGUGAGAGAAACCUCAACUCUAGGGGGACGACGCCGACUCCUCUACAGAAUCAAUCCGAUCACCACCAUCCAAAACCAAAUGGCGACACGAUCAGCGAGAAGCUUGAAAAACAUGGUCCGGAACCAAUCUCUAAAACUGAUCAGCAGCAACAGCAGACACGGUUUGUGGAUGGUAAAGCCACACAGAAGCAAAAGCAUAAGCGAAGUCAUCUUAAGAAUAGGGACGUUAUCAACCGUAAAGGUGCCGAAAAAGAGGGCACCGAGAUGGAUGCAUUUAUGCCCACCGCACCAUCUGCAAAACCCGAAGCUAAACAACCAGAGGUGGUUAAGCAAGAGAUUCAGGAAUCACUGCUUCCUAAUGACUCUGGAAAAGAAUCUACUAAGGAUAUUAAAGACGAAGAAAAUAUCGAGUCUAAAAAAGGAGCAGAGACCAAGCUUGCUCUGAAAAUUGAACAGGCUACGCCGGAAGCUUCUAAAGACAAUACUCAAGUUCAAACACCAACGGCGGAAAAACUACCGUCAAUUGUUAACAAUAAUAAAGAAUCUUUAAAGGAAACGACCCCGACAAUUGAGGAUACAGACAGAAUAGAGGAAGUUGGUAAAAUGCCUGUUAAAACCACUGCCAAUGACGUUGUAGACCACGCCGCUGUUGUCGAUGAUUCUGAAAUAGAAUCUGCUAUAGUAGCUCAGAAAAAUGAGGAAAAUGCUAAAGUUUCUGCUCUCCGUGAUCCCAGUGAAGAACAGCAAGAUAGCAUUCCCAUUAUAGAGAAAGAAGACGAUAAGAAUGAAGAAACCGAUCCAAAUGAAAACACGCCUAAAGGUCCUGCUCUUCUAAAAUACAAUUACAAAGACGACCAAUGGAGUCCGCUGAACAAGAGUGGGAAGAAAGUCUACGAUCGGGACUUCUUAAUCAAGCUUCAGAACGAUCCAAAUAGUAAAAUAAAGCCCCUGAAUUUGCCGGAUUUGGAAGUUGUUUUGAAAGAUAACUCUAGAAAUCGUGGUGCAAUGGAUCUAAGGCAAUUGAAAGAUGCGAGUAUUGGAGGCAGGCAUGACUCUUUCCUAUUCCCUUUUGGGAAACAGUCACAAAGUAUGCGAGGUCCAGUGCCACCUAAGAGAGGCAGCCAACAGGGCAAACCCAAAAAUGCCAAACCAGUUAUCCAUGUAUCUUUAUCCUUGAGAGAAGACGUUAAGUUAAGGGAAACAGAAAAUGCAUGGAAACCGGGUCGUCUAAAAGACAGCGGUGUUAGUGAUAAUGUAGAAGAAGAUGCCAAAACAGAAGCUCUGUACAAGAGAGUGCGGGGAGUUUUGAAUAAAUUAACACCACAAAAAUUCAAUACGUUAGUGAACCAAGUUAGAGCGUUGCAAAUUGAUUCGCAAGAGAAAUUGCAAGGUGUCAUUAAUCUAGUUUUUGAAAAGGCAGUUGACGAACCCAGCUUUUCUGUAGCAUAUGCUCUCAUGUGCAAGGAACUUGCUUUGAUGCAAGUUUCUAGUUCCGAUAGUAAGGCAGGCAAAGAAGAAAGCAACGUCAACUUUCGAAAACUAAUCAUAACCCGUUGUCAAACGGAAUUUGAGAAGAAUACAGUCGAUGAAACUGUCAAAGCCGUGAAACUGAAAGAGAUUGACGAAUGUACAGAUCCAGAAAAAAAGAAAGAGCUACAGGCGGCAUUGGACGAAGAGGAGAGAAGAAUUCGUGUCAAAUCCGUUGGUAACAUCAGGUUUAUAGGAGAACUUUUCAAACAAGGAAUGUUGACGACAAAUAUUAUGCACAGAUGUAUACGUCAUUUGCUCGCUCAGAUCGACGAAGAAAAUUUAGAAUGCUUGUGCAAGCUACUUAGUACAAUUGGAAAGGACUUGGAAUCUAAGAGUCAAAAUUUGAGCGACUAUUUCAAACAAAUGCUGGAUAUUGUUAACCGCAAAUCUGCAGGUAAAGUUAGUUCGAGGGUGCGGUUCAUGCUGCAAGAUGUGAUUGAGUUGAGGAUGAACAAAUGGGUACCAAGAAGAGACGACAGCAAUCCCAAGACAAUGGCUGAAAUACAGAAGGAAGCUGAAACGGAACGUCUAGAUACACAUCUAAACAACACUCCGAUGAAUACCCCGAGAAAAGACGACCGAAACAGCGACAGGAAACGGAAUCGUGGCGGUGGGCCAGCAGAGGAAGGUGGCUGGAGCCAACCGGUCAGAAGCCGUCAACAGUAUUCCGUUGAAUCAGCUAAGCUCAAAAACAAACCUCCUCCGAUGGACGAUCUCCAAUUAGGCAAUAAAAACAUGUUUCAAUGGUCCAGAAACGUUUCUGCGGGUGCUCCUAAGACUGUCACUCCAAAUAAAUUUGCGAUGUUAGAAAACAUGCCUAGUGAACAAGACAAGCGUUCCGGAAUUCCAUUGUCUGGAUCGAGGUCCACUGGUCCUAGAGAUUAUGGUCGUCCGGAUUACAAAUCUUAUGAUGGUAGGAAUUCGAGAAACGGUAGCCAACAAUUGAGCAGUAGAUCUUCGAGUCGGGAUAGUUCACUUCACGAUGGUUCACGAAGUCAGAGCAUGUCCAUGCCUCCACCUCAAUCUAUUAAAUCGAUUCCGCCCCAAGUACCUACAUCUACCCCUAGCAAGCCAGUGCCAUCGAUGUCCGAGGAACAACUGGUCAAGAAAUCGGCGAAUAUUUUGGAAGAAUAUCUCUCCGAUACUAACAUUAAUAAUGCAGCAAUAGAAGUUAAAGAAACAUUUGAUAAUUCUACUUUUGCCAACUUUGUACGAGAGGUGCUGAACGGAGUUGUUGAAAAAUCAGCAACUGCCAGGAAACAAGUCAGUCAACUCAUGACGCAUCUCAUCUCUAAAAAUAUUUUGCCAUUGUCUCUCUAUAUUGCUGGUCUUGGAGAAGUCUUAGACACGGCUGAGGAUCUCGUUAUUGAUAUUCCCAAAAUUUGGAUCUACUUGGCAGAAUUAAUAUGGUAUCCACUAGCGGAAGGUGUUCUUCCGUUCUCGGAACUCAAGAACACGAUGGCUGUUUUGAAAAGUAAAGGUUUGGCCGGAAAGUUGAUGGGGGAACUCAUGAUCACGUUAGUUCAAGAAAAGAGCCCAAAAUGGAUUAAAGAUAAGUGGGAUCAAUCGGGUCUGGAAUGGAGUGACUUUCUGCAAGAAAGUGAAUCUGUAAAUGAUUUCGUCAAGAAAUACAAAUUAGAGUUCAUGUUGGGAGAUAGCAAUGUUAGUUUUGGCAGCUUGAGCGCGCAGCUGAGUAUGGAGCAAAUACAUGAACGACUUCGCGCCCUCAUGGCCAAUGAAAAGGAGAAUUCAUUUGACAAUAUCUGCAGUUGGAUUUCUGCAAACGUAGGAGAAAGAGCAAUCGAACCUCAAUUUAUCAAGAUACUGAUGUCGUCAAUUUUGGAAGUAUCGAUUGAACCCUACAAUAAUAAUACGUGGAAAUUUAGACCAGACAAGUUUCAAAAUCUACAAAAUCUAAUCCCUCGAUAUAUCGAUGUCAACGUCGAGGUUUUGGAGUUACAGUGCCUCAUUGCGAUUCAAGAAUACAUACACAAAUUAGAACACCCAUCAGGUGUACUUUUGCAAAUCAUUGAAAAGCUGUGGGAAGAUAGUAUUAUUUCGUACGAUGCAUUCCUUGCAUGGGAGAGCAACAAAGACCCGACGACACUAGCGGGAAAAUCAGUUGCCAUAAUGGCUUUAACGUCGUUCUUUACUUCCUUAAAAGAGGCGGAUGACGAAUCCAGCGGUGAUGAAGCGUGAGGAUAAGUUCGACGUUCACGGUCUCAGUUAUCAUUGCUCAAAUGUAACAUUGCGUUGCCUUUGAGCUUUCAAACCCUUGUGCGCACGAUUUACUACUUUGUGCUUGAACGUGAAAUGGAUCUUCAAACAAAUUGUGAAGAGACUAAAAAUGUAAACACGGAACGUGAUAAGCAAAAUUGCAGUUUUUUUGAAAUCCAGAACGAUGCGACAAAAAAAAUUCAUGAUAUGAACAAUCAAACGGUGGUUGUGCCGCGAGGUGUAUGUAUUAUAUUCUAGAACAACAGAAGUAAGGUAAAGUAAAGAAGAAAGUCGUAUUUGAUAUACGCUAUACAUAACGAAGAUGAAUGAUUAAUAAUUAAUUAUGAUGAAGAAGUAAAUGCAAGAUAAUUAUUAUACAUAAUUAAUUGAAAUGGUUUAAAGUUUAAAUAAAGCAAAAAAAAUCACAAAAAAAUGAAAAAAAUUAAAAACAAAAUCACGUAUACAUAUAUAUAUAUAUAUCAACAAUGCGCGAAGACGAUGUCGUGUUUCUAUGUAAUAUUAAUAUAUGUCGCCGACGAUGAAUGAUCAUAUUUCGAAAUGCGAUCGCAAAAAAAUUAGUUCUUUCUAAUUAUGCAACGCCACAAUAGCAACUUGAAUGCUUGCUACAUAAUGUAGGUAACAAAUUGAAAUUAGAAAUGCGUAUAAUAAGUGAACAAAUUACUCGAGAUAUAGAAUUCGGGUGGAAAUAAAAUUUUUGAAAAAAAAUUUAUUUCUUUGCAUUAAAAAUCGCAUAUGAAAAAGAUUUCAUAAUCAAGUCUGAGACGAGCGAUGGUUCUUCCUAUUAUUGUAAUGAAUAUAACAGAAUUAAUAAUUUAUAAUUGCGCGUAGGGUCUACUAUGGUACAUUGUAAGAAAGACAUUCAUAAAUUUCAAUGUGAAGUCGAACGUAAGAUUUGUAACUUAGGAUCUUGAUUUUUAGGAAGGGGAGAUUUCUAAUGGUGUGCAUACUAAGGCGCUACUAUUUUUAAAAAAAUACUAGUUAUUUAUAAUCAUGAUGAACUGAUGGUGUGAGUGAAGCAAAAGUAAAGCGAAAAGAAAGCGUGUGAAUGAGACAACAAUUAUGAAUGGGUAAAACAGAUAUAAACAGUCAAUGCGACACAUUGCUGUCAGGGCAAAUGCGUGAGAUUCAAGUUGUUAACGCGAUUUACGAUAAUGAAAAAUUAUCAGGAUAUAUAUACGUAUAUGUACCUAUAUGUAUAUAUAUCAAUAUUAUUAUCGUGAAAUUCAAAUGAGAAGUGCGAAAACAUUGAAUUGCGCAAAACUUAGUCGAACAUUCUUUUUCCUCUCGUCUUUUUUCCCCCCUUUCUCAAUUGAAAAUUCUAGCGAAUACUGUAUACGUACUUGUAUUUUUAUGCUAACCUUUGAAUGACAAUAUAUUACUUCAAUUUGCAAGCAUUAUCAGUAUUCAAUAUCUCGUGAAUAGAAAAUUCUCUGGUAUUUCUUCAAUGAUGAGUUAAACAGAGACAUUGUUCGACGUCUCAGAUCUCCGCUGGUCUUCUUCCGUUAUUGAUUGAUACGUUUCGCAUAAAUAUUUCUCAUCUAAAUUUCACCGAAUUUAAUUUCUCCUCCGAUCGUUCUAUGCCAGAAUAAUGACAACGACGACGAUGAUUUCGUUGCACAUAUGAUUGGAUAGGAUUGCUUUCCGAUGGUACAUAGAUUGUUGUGGAUGAUUUGUUGAUACCGUGUUAACAUGUAAAUAAGUUGCCUUGUAGUAAACUCUAUUCCGCAGAUAACUGGUUAUCAAUAACAACCAAGGUAUGUCUUUGACCAAACGGUGUUUCCGCUUUCGCAAUAAAUACAUUUGCCUUGAAAAUAUGAUCGAUACUUUAUGAGUAAUUAAUUAUAUUCUCUGCACAGCUGUACUAUUUUGAUUGAUAAUUUAUUUUAUUUCCCGCAACUUAUUUUCACAUGUAACGUUGCUAUCUUCAACUGUAUGCAUACAUACGUAUAUACAUACAUACAUACAUCGGAUAUGGAUUAUGAGAAUUGUUACAGGUAUAGUAGUGCAUUUUUUAUGAAUCCAGCUUGAGGUUGAUAUUGCGACAAAAGCAAUUUUCUUUCAAAGACAAAUCAAACAAAAGUUGAUUGGAUUUGUAUUGUAUUGAUUUGUUUUUAUACAAAAUAAUCGUAUCGUUAUGAUAAGUGAUAAUAUACUUAGGUAUAAUUUGUUGUACGGACCUCUGCAGCGAAUCUAUUGAGUGAUGCAACAAUUAUUCUGUUGGUGUUUAUUUAUUUUGUAUGUAGGGGGACCAACCUCCGGAAACUAUUUAUUGUUUCCACACAAUGAGACAGGACGAACGUUUGAUUGCAAAAAUAAAAGUAAACCAAACAAAACCGAAAAAAAACAGCCAGUUAUUUGUCGUCACAUUUUAAAAACGAAAUAUUAGUGAACUACUUAUUCUACUGAUGGUAGAAUAUUCCGAGCAUUGAUAAAGCUAAAAAUGAUGAAUAAAAAAGUAAUACUACAAAGAAUAAAAAUAAAAAUCGCGAAAGAGUAGGUAAAUUAAAUGAAUAAAUUAAUUUAUAUAAUGGAUAAACUUAAAACGAAAAAAAAAAAGAAAAAAAAUAUGAAAAAACUAGAAAGAAGAAAAAACAGAACACGUUGUUGAAAAGUUAUGGAUAAAGGAGUAAUAAGAAAGAAUAUUAUUGCUGUAAAUAAUGAAAGAAUAGGUAACGUAAGUGGAAAAUUGAUGACAGGAAGGGCUUGUGAGGAGCCGGCGUUCGCUUCUGGGGGCAUGUAAUUGCGACGCCGCUGUUCCCGCCUCUGCCGGUUAUAUUAUGUAUUGUAUAUACUAUAUAUUAUACGUACGUAUAUGUAUAUACAUGUAUUUGUGUAUGUGUAUAUGUAUAAACAUAUGUAUAUAUAAAAUUAAAAUUAAGAACACAACACACACUUAUAUAAUAAACCAUAUCUAUAUAAAGAAAAAAAGGUAAAAAAAAAAAAAAUAAAAAAAACUCCAUGCCA